CACACAUGUCUAAGGUCAGUGUGCGUCAUUGUCUGGAGUGUUGCCUCUAACCCCUGCAGGCCAGUGAUAAUCCCUUAGGCAUGUGUCUGUGAAUACAUUUCGCCUGGCCCUGCACUGUGAAAGACACUGCUGUUAUCAAGAUCAAGUGUCAACCUUGUCAUGUAAAGAAUUUUUAUAUCACUAAUCACUAUUUGCCCCUUGUUUACACUUGGCGACGUGUCCCAUGAGCCUGAAUGAAAAUGAAUGUUCAGUUUGUAGUUGUGGAAUUACAUGAAGGUGCAGGAAUGUGUUAUCACUGUGUAUUAUCACUGAACAGACGGGUAUAAGAGCGCUCCUGACACUGACAAACUGGUUACAUCUCACAUCUAAAGGACAGAGGCAGUCGUGUGAAGAGAAAUUGGGUUCCAGCCAAUACUUCAUACAUGUUGAUGUGGUGAACCAUUGAAGAAAAACUCAUUUAAAAGAGAGCAGAGAGCCUCAUCAGUUUCAAUCAUGUCGCUCAAGCGUCAUAAAAGACUGAGCAGCAAGAAGAAAAGUCAUUGUUAAGUGGCUAACACACAAACAAAUCACUCCUUUGAAAAUGGUAAAGUACAAGGACUGGACCGAAAAUAAGUGAAAAAGCAGUCAAUGUCCAAAGAAAAACCUUGAAGUACCUUCAGAAAGCCUGGACAAGUAUUGCUCAAGACAGCUUAAAAAAUAAUCUCCAAAGGAUAAUCUCCAAGCAGAGGUUCUGCAUGAGCUCGGCUUGGAGGCCUACCAGACUAUACCACUGGAUGUCUCAUCAAUGUUAGACAUUAUUACUUGGACUCUGGGGAACCAAUCUCCUCUAGAGCCCUCUGAUCUACCAAAAGCUUUCCUCCAGUCCCUUUGGCUGCUCAGGCAAGAUGCCCGGACUCCUUGGUGUGAGUCUCUUCAUAAUCUCAUUACAAAUGAUGACAACAAUUCUACCGGGAAGGUGCUCAGUAGUUUUAAAGGAGAUAGCCAGUGUGCCAUCAACCCUCUUGAUCUAGUCACAGCUGUCUAUAUGUCUGCCAGUACUUUCCUUCAGCAAGAGAUCUCCAAACGGAUGAUGCAGUGCCAGUUUUCUAUACCACUGGUCCUUCCAAACAAAGAUCCAGAAGAACCAAGUUGCUUCCUUCUUUGGCCUUUAAGAGGGAUUGAGGGCCAAUGGAGAUCUCACGCCAUAAAUAAAUGCAGGCGAAUCCAAGAGGGGGAUUUGGCAAGCACAUGCAUGCCAUUAGUUACAUUUGUCAGGCUUGGUUGUUGCAGUGUGUCAAAGUCACAGGUGCUAAACCAUAUGUUACAUGGAGUCACAUCUUCCUGUCAAACAUUUCUCCACAGAGGGAUGGAAGGAGGGCAGCUGCCCAGAAGGCUUUCGGGUGGCCUGGUAGAAAUUGGAUGGCAUCUACCCACUGGAGAUAGCACCAAAGAUGUCUUCCCAGUCCCUUUGGUCUUCUCCAAUCUGCGGGGUGAUGCCAGUGCACAUGAGAAAUGCCUUACCUUUUUAUGCAAGGCAUCUUCAGCUAUAGUUGUUUUCUGUGGAAAUCUUAAGGAGAAGGAAAAACAACUUCUUGCCUCCUGUAAGGAUAGAAACAACAAACUCAUACUCAUUGACCUUUUAGACACUGAGAGAAAUGAGAACAGAGUUGUUGGUUUUGUUGAUGAGGACCUUGAAGAGUACAUGGGGCUUCCCGAAGAAUCUGUGAUUCAGGGCAGAGAUCUGAGUGAGGAAGAACUGGCCAGUAAGCUGUGUGAUACUCUAAAAAAUCUGCUACCAGACGGACUGAAAGUUAUUACGCUUGAGGAAGCAGCAGAAUUUGCGGUGGAGAUAGGCCUAAAUGUGGACGAAGGACCCAUUUGUCAAAAAGCCAUGGCCUCAGUGGAGGAAGUGUUGAAGGGUUUAGAUGAGGGAUCUGAUGAAUAUAGGCAUAAACAGCUUCCUCUGCAGGGGCCUUUGUGGAGCAAACUAGCAGAGCUAGAAAAAGCAGAGAGUAAACAGAGAAAAGAAAGAACAGAAAUUGACCCCCAGCUGCAAAAAGAAAAGAAUGACACUUUGGCUGAGUUGAGGAGCUACAAAAUGACCCCAGCUAUGAAGAUCUUUACUGAUGCUCUCUUUACCAAAGAUAAAGUGAAGAGAGCUUACUUUCUUAGCUGGCUCACUCUAAGACUUAAGAAAACUACAAAACAAAACAAGACGCAAGAUCUGCUCACAAAUCCACAGACAGUAAAGAAAGACGGCAUGCUGGUAGAUUUGGAUACGCUUGAACAAAGAGUCAAAGACACCCUUGGAGAAACUGAUUCAAUAUUUCAAGAGGGAACAGAAAUACAAUGUGUAGGUCCAAAAUUGCAACUUUCUGAGCAACAGUCUGAAGGAAGCCAGCAACUGAAUGUUUCAGAAUCCAAAGAAAAGACCACAGAACCACUGUCACAACAGAAAGAACAUCACCUUGACCCAAUCAUGGCGCAGGAGACAUCUAUCAAUUCAAAUGAAAAAGAAAAUGUAUUAAAUUCGGUCUCUGAACCCCAAAGCUGUCUUUUAGAGUCAGGAGAAAAUGGCACGUUGAGCUUCAAAGAGAAAAAACCAAAUGAAUCAGAGCUAACACUCACUAUGGACGAUUCAACCUCUGACAAGCAACAAAUGAGCCUUGAUAAUUGUGCUGAUCCCUCUGAUGAACCUGAUACAUGCGCAUUAGGUCCUGAGCACUUUCUGCGUGAGAUGGGCCUAAUCUUUGAGCUAGCACAAAUCAGCCCUAGCAGCGGAAGCCAAAAUGUGUUACGUCUCCCUAGCUUAGCUACAGAUCUUCUUCUUUAUGGGAUUCCACUUGAACUAAUGGAUGGAGAUGCCUCAAAUAUUCCCAUCCAGUGGCUUGGCUGUGUCUUUGGAGAGCUCAAACGUCGCCUACCACAAGAACAGUGUAGGACAAGAGUGCUGACAAAUCUUGGCGACUAUAAUGCAAAGAAUGCAGAGAUUCUUUCUGCAUUGUUUGGAGUGAAAUUCCCUGAAUGGAAGAAACAAACCUCAAGAGGGGUGUACAUGGUUGCCCUGUGUCUUCCUGAAAACCUCAGAAAGGACAUGAAGUGUGAUGUUUUGUUGUUAAUUGAGGUCAGAGGUCUCUGCUCAGUCUCACUGGACAGUAAAAGAAAUAUACUGAUCGAUGACAAUGAAAUGGCUACCUUGGCAACAGGAUUGAGUGACUUUUUAAUGCACAGCAUGUCUUCACACUCUGGUUCUGAUUUUGAAACAAACCUCAGUGUCAGAGUCAAUGCUCUCCUGCGAAUCAAAGAAUAUAGCUCCAUGCCCUUUUGCCAAUUCUUUGUCCAGAACGAAAACGUAAAUAGCAAAUUACAAGCAUCACAAUUAAGGUACGUUUCUCAGGUGCUUUUGCAAACUAGCAAAAUUGAAAAAGAUGGAAAGACCACAAACUGCACAGUCUCUGUCAAAGGACCAUGGAACAAAAUGUCCCUCUCUGAACCAGUUGAUACAGAUUAUAGUGGGGAUGUUUUAAAGUUUAAAGAAAUCCUUUUUGAAGCAUUGAAGAGGAGUGCUGCUAAGGCAGAAGCCCCAGUUUUGCCUGAAUUUAUGAGGCGUUUGUGUUCUGUUUGGGAUGCGAUCAAAGAGGAAUCAUUCUCCAUUGGUCUCCAAAACACUGACAUAGCUUUGGCAUUUUCUUUGUUGUGCACAGAAUUUUCCUACUGGGAAAACAAUUUACUGGAUAACAUGCAAAGUUGGCUAAUGGGUGCAACAAAAAAAAUCUUUACCACAAAGGGAGAAGCUUUGGAUGCAUCUAUUCAAAAUGACCUUCUCAGUGAAUUACAGAAGGAAGCCAGUGAGGAAGUCAAAGCAGAGGUGAACAAACUCACGUCAAUAGCAGAGAUAUAUGUGAUGAAAGAGGAAACUCUGAAAAUGAGAUCUGACAAAUUCAUGCCAAUCCUAAAGAGCAAUAUUGACAACCUACAGGACAGAGUAACUGAAGAGAUAACGGAAAGGUUGGAGGCAGUCUAUGAGAGCCAUUACUCUUCAACACAGCUUAAAAAGUUUGAAGCAUUACUAGAAACAGAGCAAGAAUCCAAGGUAGAUGCACUAGUAGAAAAAAGCAAGACAACAAAAAUUCUUCUGCAAGAUGCAGAGAUAGAGGAUGAAUUUGAGGCUCUCUGGAGUAAGAUAUUGUCCAACUUUGAAUUCAGGCCUUCAGAAACAGAAGAUAUUACUCCAAGAGUAGAAGACAUUCUGAGACAGAAUCUAAUCAGCCGUGGCCUCCAGAAACACAUGAAAAAGCUUGAAAUUAUUGGCCAGAACCAGAACUCCGACUUCCAAGUUUGCGAUGAGCAUUUUGGAUACCGCAGCAGAUUAAAGCAAAUGUUUGAAGACAACAACAAACAACACAAGGUAGAAGCUCAGCAGGUAGCAAACAAUAUCGUUGAGGAAUGCAAACAGUAUAUAGCAGAUAAGUGUAACAAACCAGCAGGUUUCUCUGACAGUUACAUUACAGAGCUGUUACGAAAUAUUGAAAAAUCUUUAAAUGAAAAAUCAGUGGCAACUAGAUCAGCUUUUGAAGUGGAUCUGAAAGUGUAUCUCUGUAAUGCUUCUCGCCAAGACUUUCAAAACCUGCAUAAUCGCUAUGCCAAAGACGCACAACUCUUGACAUGUAUCACUGAAAGAAAAAGUAUGUACUUGGCAAAGUUUAUCUACAACUUCAGGAAAAGAGACCAGUGUCAAAGGGUGGCCCAAGAAUUCAUCUCCAUGGUCAUCAAACCCACAGUCUUGGAGUACAUCAACAGACCCCUGGGGAUAUCUAUUGCAGAGGAGAUCCAAGGGAAAGCUCAGCAGUAUCACUCCUCACAGGCUUUCCACCAAAGCUUGCUGGAAGAGAUGAUUAAAGAAGAUCGGUUCGAAGUCUUCCUGGAAUAUCUGCUCUUCUAUGACAACUUCAGACUGAGGAAGAUCCAGGAAACAGUGACAGCUCACCUCACUGAAUCAACCAACCUGGGACAAUGGAGGCAUCAGAGACUCUGCGAAGUUGUAGGAAAAAUUGAAGAAGCAGUGAACGAAUCCACAGAAGGUAUCAGUGGAGUCCUGAAUGAUACAAAGCCACUGCUGGAGAGAGUGUGUCUCACUUUAGAGAAAGGUGAUGUUAAUGUGAUCAGGACCUGUCUGACUGGACCCCUCUUUAGCAUCACUGUAGAAUGGAACCGUUUUGCUAAAUGUUUACUGGAGUCAGUGGCUGCAAUGCAGAUGGACCUGGAUCAAGAGUUCUCCAAAAUUGUGGAUGUCACCCAACUUCUUAACUGCCUUACAGUUAAGCCCCAAGACUACCUCUUCAAAAAGGUGAAAGGCUGUGACAAGCAAUGUCCUCUCUGCAGAGCCCCGUGUGAGGAGGAGGAUAUGGGGCAUGAGGUUCACAAGGCCUUGCUCCAUCGACCUAAAGGCAUGCUGCCUUAUGCCUCUAGUUCUGUAUCCUGCAUCAGUUGCCCUGAAAGCAUGAGCGAGGACACACAUGAUACAUCCACAACAAGCAAUGUUCUCCAUUCACUCUACCCAGACUGGAGCUUCUCUCCUGACAACACAAACAGCACAAAGGCCAGUGAUUACUGGAGGUAUGUGCUGGUGAAGUUCAAUGAGAGGUUUGCACAGGAGUUUAAGCGGGAGCCGACAAAGAUUCCUGAGGAAUGGAGGAGAAUCACUCAGGAGCAGGCUUUAAACAGUCUGAAGGAGGUGUUCCUCACCAGAACAAGUGUUUAAAAUACUGCAUUUAAUUCAGCAAAGAAAGAGCAUUUGUUCAUAUGUGAAAAAGCAUAAUUCAACCAUGGAAUUUAGAUGUUGGGUUUUAAGGUUUCCAACCUGAUUUGAAAUAGAUGCAGAAGAAGGACUGCUCUGUGCUGAAUGUUAUUUAUUGUUUUUAACAGGUUCAACUCAUUAUUACUUUAAAAAGAAAAUACACUUUGAAAUAUACAUAUAAUAUUGUAACAACAUUUCUCUACAAACAUUAUAACAACAAUAAUUUUUUUUCAUUAUGUUGAAAAGGAAGCACAUUAUGAAUGUACUUUUAUAACAUAUAAAAUUAUCAACAAAAAUCAAAUAUAUUUUCCCUUAUUACUUUUUCUUAUCCUAUAUUUUACAGUUUACAAAUAACAUGCAGUUAUGUCAAUUAUGAUGUCACUCCACAGUGAAGCAUAACUGACAAGAGUCCAAGAGAAUUUGUGAAAUGUCAUGUAAAAGUAAACCAAAAAUAAAAAAA